AUGGACCUUGAUGCCACGCACACUGCACGCGUGGAGCUUGCCGCCGAAGGAGUGGCGGAGGCCAAGCAGUACCUCGUAGAUCUUGAUCGACGUCAGCAUCAGUACAGAGAGGCGACCCGCGUUCUGAGAAAAUCCGAGGUGAUAGAAGAUACUUGGCUAUUGUGUAGUGGUAGGGUGUUUGUGAAGUCAAAUUUAAAGCCCAAGGGUACACUAAACUACCUCACCUGGAAACUGUCUGCUGGAGAGAAAGAAAUAGAGAAUGGACGUGAAGAGUUGAAGGCAAAGGUAGCUUCUCUGGCAGAACUUGAGGGUCCAGAUGAAGCACUUUCGAAGCUUUUUCGGGGAUUUGAGUUAAAAGCGACAAAGUAA